AUGGCGUCAGGGAUGAAUAUGGGCUUCAAUGCCCUCCUCAUUUUAUGUCUUGUGCUCGUCGUGCUUCCCUCUCAAGUCCAUGCAUUUGGCGCGGGCAAUAUCGCGUCGAUCUCCACCGUCGAGGGCAAGAAUUGGCGCCAUGGUGAUAUUGAAGAUAUGCUCAAGACUGUCGCCUUUAUCAAAGGCCACAAGUGGACCUCCACCAUGAUGAAGCGCGUCUACUUUGGCAACUGGUUGCGUGAUUACUCCCAGGCGAUGGACGUCGGCACCCUUAAGAGUGUCCAAGCUGACACUAUCCGAAUCCUCGUCUGGAUCCUGUCUUUCAUGACUUUCGGUUAUGCGACGGCCGAGUUUGAGGUCACCUCUGACAGGCUGGGAACUUAUCGUCCCGAGGAGCAUAUUGACAACCCAAAGGAUUAUGCCGACAACCAAGAUGCACGCCAGUACGAUUCUCGGCUGCGUGGCCCGGUGCGUCAAGUUGAGCUCGACAUCGAUCCCGAUACCGGUAUGAAGAACUAUAUCGCCAACGAACGAGGAGACUGGUCCACGAGUUCUGGGUAUGUCAAAUAUAGUUUGGCUCGCAGUAUCCAUUACGGAAGACUGUAUACCAAGAAUAGAAACGAGGAGGACCUGUGCGAAGCUUUGCGGUGCCUCGGUCAAGGACUCCAUACUCUUGAGGACUUUGCAGCACACACGAACUACUGCGAACUCGCGCUUCGUGAGAUGGGCUUCCGUAAUGUAUUCCCGCACACCGGCACGCGGACUGAGAUGAACGUUCGGGGUCACCGUGUUUACCCUCUCGUAACUGGCACAUUCGGUAUGGUUGAUUUCUUCCAUUCCAUGCUUGGAGAAGCGACCGAUCAUUUCACCCAGUCGGAGGUUAAUGAAAUGGAUAUUGCGCUGGGAGAUGCACAGACAAAUACAUCUUCCGGCUCUGCUGGCGCGUUGACAGCACUGCUCGGCAAGGUUCCUGGCACGAAGGAUCUUGUUAACGAAGCUGAGGAGCUCAGACGUCGCUCAGACGAGCAAGAAUCAUUAAACAAGCGUGGCGGUCAUCGUUCAGGCUAUUCAACCCGCGGAUCUGCUCGGUCCUUUGACGACUUCGACUCAGGCAGCAGCCGAGGCUUUGGAGGUGAACAAAGCAGGGCUGCCAGAGCUGAUGACUCCAAUCAGAGUUCCUCGGGUGGCUUGCCCGGGCUGCCAGAUUUUGAUGCAAAAAAGACAAUUGAUCAAAUAUACCCUAUUCUGCAAUUCAGAGAUAAUGUCGUGCGGAAGCUCUCAUCCAUCAUCGAGAACAUCCCUGGUCUGGAAACCCUGGUCGAGACGAUCACUGAAACCUUGACCGUUUUUGUCAUGUCUCUCUUGGCGCCCUUCGUUCGUCCCAUCAUCAACGCCGCCUCCAAGCAGCUCCAGACUGGCUCCUCUAGUGUCAUUAAUGCUUCUGGUGAACACCAGUAUGAACCGUGGACUGACCCUCACUGCACCGACCCUACCCACUCCUUGCUGUCCAAGGAUCACUUCUCCAAUAUCCUCAAUGAGCCAGCUGGUCAAGUCGCUUCUGCCAUUCUUAAAUAUGUCGCGCCUCGUGUCCUGUACGCUUGGGAGAACACCAACAUCUCUGAGCGACAGGUUUCGGACGAUUGCCUCAAAGUAUUCCAUCACCCCGCUCUGAGGGAUAUGCGCAAUGAAGCACAUCGGACUAUGUACGAAGCAGUCGAAUCUUGGGUGCAGUCUAGGUCGGAUCGCGGCUCCAAGCUUAACGAUGUUCUCAGUGCCGAGGGUGUGAAGGCAGGAAAGAAUCAAACAGGAGAGGGCGGCCACUCCCAUGGGCACGGCCAUAGUCACAGUCAUGCACCUCAGCAGUCACAUAAUCACUCAGGGCAGUCACAGUACCGCCCACCCCAACAGCAACAACAACAACAAAGCUCGGCUAACCCCCUCGGCGAACUUUCUAGCUUCCCAUCCCAGGUGGUUCUUCGAGGAGUGACGAGACUUCGCAGCAGACUACACCCCCACCUGAGCCUCAGCAUCAUCAUCAUCAUCAACAACAACAGCAGCAGCAGCAGCAUCAGUCUUACCAUGAGCUAUCUCAUCAACGCCAAGACUAUGAAUCUCGCCACCAAGGCUACCAGUCGCAUCACUCCGGGGGCGAUCACAGCAGCUACCAGAGUCGCCAUCACAGUCAUGAAGGUGGAAAAAGUGCGGACUACUACAACGAAUCAUCGUCCAGUCAUAGAUAUGGUGAUUACUCCGAAUCUCAAGGACACAACCAACGUCGCCACGACAGCAGUCAUCAGAAUCAUGGCUAUGAUCAAGGUUACGAUUCUGGAUAUAACCAAGGUUCCAGGCAAGAUUCCAGGCAAGGCCACGGACAAGGUUACGGACAAAGCUAUGACUCUGAAUAUAACCAAGGUUCCAGGCAUGAUUCUAGGCAAGGCCACGGACAAGGUUACGGGCAAGGAUAUGACUCUGAAUAUAACCGAGGUUCCAGGCAAGAUUCCAGGCAAAGCCACGGGCAAGGUUAUGGCGGUGGAUAUAGCUCAGGUGGCUCUCGUUGGUGAUCUGAAUCAUGAAUAA